GCAUUCUCGUAAACGAUGGGAGCGUUUCGUCCACAGUGAGAACCAGCACCUGGUCAGUCCUGAGGCUCUGGAUUUCCUUGACAAGCUCCUACGCUAUGACCACCAGGCUCGUCUGACUGCCCGCGAGGCCAUGGAUCAUCCUUACUUCUUUCCUAUUGUGAAAGAACAGUCUCGUUUGGCAGGCUCAGCCAACCUGCCAAGUGGGAACCCAGCUGUUACCACAGCCAACAUGAUCACUGCUAUCUCUGCCCUGCCAGCCUCCACUGCCCUGGGUCCUCUCACUGGCUCACCAGUGCUGUCAGCUGCCACCAACGCCAUGAGCUCCCCUGUGCCUGCUGCUGCAGGAACCCCACAGUGACUGUCCAAACAGGACCCCACCCAAACAGAGAGGGUGUUAUUCAGCGUGCCCUCACCACUUCCAACCCAGAGCCACCACCUCCAAACAGGAGGGCCCCCAUCUUUUUGAGAAAGUUUCACUUUCUAAUAAGUGGCAACAUGUUAACGUCACAUCUGAAAUGAAUGUUCUAACUAAGAUUUACUUUAAACUUCCUCGUGAACUGUAGUGAAAAUGAAGGGUUGAGGUGUGAGUGGCUCAGGCCCAAAGAAUCUGCUGAAGGUCCAACAAAUGUUGGUCAUCGCGACCAAAAGGAGCACAUUCUGUACAGUUUGUUACUGAACCAGGAGACCUGAUGAAAACAAUUUACCUUCACACAUCAGAGCAUUUCAGAGGUUUGGUGCUGUCCUCUGCUCCACAUGUAGUUUAAUACAACAAUCCAUUUCAACACCGUCAGGUGAGCAGUCUUUAAAUGCACCCCCAUGCCGUCCGUUGUCUGUUUCCUGAUUGAAAGCUUCUGAGCUACUGCCGUGAGGUGGGCUCAACCUCUGGACUAUAGUCUGGAGAAGCCAGUCUCAUUCAGGUUCUCACAGUUCCUCAGACAUGCUGCUUUCCACUUUCUUGAACUCCUUCAAGUGGAUUUACUUUAAGAUUUAACCAAAGUUUACACAGUUUCCAGGAAGAGACUGAAUGUAGUUUUCUUUCAAGUGUUCACUUUGCUGCAGGCUGAUGUUGCGUACAGAGAGAUUUUCACAUACAAUGAAAGAAUCACUAAAGUUCAACAGGAUUGGAGUUACGUCCUCAACCCAGUGGUUUAGUGCCACUUUGAAAGUGUCACUUUUAGAAUCCGCUGUAUAUUUACAAAUUGGUUUUUACAAUACUUGCAAAUGAACCUAACAUGUUGAUGUAGAAGACUAGUGUUCUAACAUAUCUGUAAAUAAAUGUUUUG